AGCCCUUGUGUCUCAAGCAGAUGCAAGGGCAUGAUGGCUGCCCGACUGUCUGCACAUUAACUAAGGUGUAGGGCAUUGGGCAGUAUGGCUGCAUCACCCCCUGCAGCUCCGCAAGACCUGUUCGAGGAGGGCACGGGCUUGCUGCCCGUCAUCCUGAGGACCUGUCCCUCGGCUCCGCCGCAGACCGCUGGACGCCGCCCUUGCAGCGCCAGGAGCCUCGGGCUGAGGACGAGCUCGGUGAUCAACAAGCUGGCAAGGGUCAUGCCCAGCAGCAAGGCCCGGGCUCCACUGCUCGCGCACGUGAGCCAGGAGGCCGAGAGCCUGACCUGCUACCGAGACCCGUCCUCCUCGGCGGCCGGGCACGCCUCCGGCCGCGACCUGGAGAUGGUGCUGCGCGUGCCGCUGUCCCUGGCGCUCGUGGCCGCCGUCGGCGACGCCGCCGUCUCCAUCGCGCUGCCCUCUGCGGACACGCUGGACAGGCUGCGGGGCACCGGCAAGGCAAGGUGCGACGCCUUCAACGCCCUCAAGCACGAGCCGCAGAGGGGCGGUGCAGAGGUGUGGACGCUGGAGUGCCAGUCCCCGGAGGCCGCGCUCCUGCUUCUAGACCGCCUGCAGCUGGCGGGCUGCAUCCUCCAGGGCUUGCGGCGGAGGUACAAGCUGCUCGACGUGAUCGGCGAGGGCUCCUUUGGGAGGGUCUUCAGGGCCGAAGACAUGCGCACCGGAUCGCCCGUGGCCAUCAAGGUGUUCCUUAGGCGGUCGUCGCAGGACAUAAUGCAUCCCAUCCUUGAGGCAAGCAUCCUCAGAUCAUGCUGCCAUUCCAACAUUCUGGCUUUCCAUGGUAUUUACCAGGUGAGUGAGACGGAGAUCCUGGACUUGCUCGGCAUCGAUUCGCCCUCCACGUACGCGAUGGUAUCCGAGUACAUCGAAGGCGGGCCAAUGCUCGAAAGCCUUGUGCACGGCAAGCCGGCGACGGAGGACCACGCGCGCCACUUGACGAAGCAGCUGCUAUCUGCCGUCAGCCUUCUGCAGGAGUGCUCCGUGGUCCACAGGGACAUCAAGCCCGAGAACAUUCUUCUCACUAGCGCAGGCGACCAUCUGAAGCUCGUUGACUUCGGGCUGGCCGCGCUUGAGACCGAUUCGGAGGCCAUGCGCAUUCAGUCGGGAUCGCCAGGGUAUGUAGCCCCAGAGGUCAUCACGGGAGUCCAGACGUGCAAGUCCGAUUGCUUCAGCAUUGGCGCCAUCCUCUUCAUCCUGUUGACAGGCAAGUCCCCUUUCCCGGGAAAGGAUCUUCGCAAGGUGCUCCUCAAGAACUUGCGCGCCCAGGUGGACAUGAACGAGCUCAUGCACGUCUCCCAGGGCGCCCGGGAUGUCGUCGUAGGCCUCAUGCACAGGGACGCCCAGAGCCGCGUGUCCGCCUCGGAGGCCCUGCACUUCCCCUGGUUCGCGCAGCCCUCUCCGACGACCGCCCCGCCGGUCGUCGUGCCCAGCGCCUUCCUGGCCGAGCAGGGCGCUCCUCCGCUCCCCAGCCGCGGCGCGCACGCCCGAGCCCCGCGCCGCAGGUGGCACGGCUCCGCGCGGCGGCGCAGCGUCACGCCGCCCCCGGAGGUGCUGGCGUGCGCCCACGGCCAGGGCCCGCCCGCCCGUGAGGCUGGCUGCGAGAGCGCGCCCGUGAGCCGGCGGCUGCGGGCGCGAACCCUCCUCCCGGAGAAGGGCCCCCCUCCUGCCGCGGACUCGUGCGACACGCCCUCCACGGCUGCGACUUCGGCUCCCGGGCCGCCGCGUGGCGUGGACGUGGGGACCAGCUCGUGGCCCAUGCAGAGGCAGCAGGCGGGGGAAGAGCGGCCUACCGUCAAAGAGCUGUCGCGAUUCACAGAGCGGGCAUCGGAGGAGUUGCUCACGUUCAAGGAGCGACCGAGCUUCUCGGAGCGGACAUCAGAUCCGAAUUACGACGCCAGCGCCUUGUUCAUCAGGAAGGUGCCAGUGUCAGAGACGACGCAGCUGGAGAGACCGGAGAGACCGGUCCUUCGAAGAGGCCUGGCACAGAUCAAGGUUCCGAACAGGCUAGCUCCUGGAAGGGUCAGGAGGCCCGUGGGCCUGAACCAGCACAAGCACCUCGUUGCACCCGGCAUUGACAACGACGGGCGGACACAGAUCAGGCUGCCAAGCGGGCCGAGGCCCAGCAGCCUGCACCAGCACAGGCACCUCCGCAUGCCCGUCUUUGAGAAUGAGGACGGUCGUGCGCCAUAGCGUCAUGAGCCGUGGGCCGGCCAAUUCGGCAGCGGGAAUGACUCUCGGUCGUGUGAAUACCGUCGCUGCGCGAUGGCGCGUGCUGCUGCUGGAGUGGAGCUCUGGCAGAGGCGGUGCUGUCGAGCCGUGGGUCACGCGGAGGUGCUGCGCGUCUUCUUUCUGGUGUCGCAGCCUCUGGGAAUUAAUUCACCACCGGAUACGUUCGAGGCUGGUAAAGAGCUCCGGGCAUCUGCCAGCCACCCUGCUAGUUUUGGCCGGGUCCCUGCCUGCCUUUGACGAUGCCCAGGCCGCGGACCUCCCUUUCCAGUUGCACUUGGGCUGGGUUCACGCUCGCCCUCGCAGAGUACUAGAUGGCAGAAACUCCGCACGGUGGCGGAUUAUUUACACACGCGCACCUUGCCGUGCCAAUCUCUCCUGCAGGAGUUCAGCCACUUCUCGAAUGUGGGGCCUGGAGCCGCACGCUGGCUUACACGGCACCCCGCGAGAAAGCGACCCUGGGUCACCCUCCCCACGUCGCUGCGACGUCAGGGAACGUGGCUGCUUAUUAGCAGAUGCGGCAGCACGGUGCCACAAUACGCGGCUCCAGCUCCUGCCCUACCGCUGCUCUGGACGCACGGGCACCGCCAUACAGUCGGUGGAACCCUUGCCUUCGUAUUCCUGUUGGCAUGUUCUGGGCAACCGUUUGUGUUCGACAGCCACUAUAGCUAUGGGUAAUUUAUCAUUAUACUGCGCAGCUCCAACCUGUGAAUUUUGGUAUGAUUUUCAUUGCCCCGUGCGGACUCCAGCAGCGUCUGCUCCCGCUCGGCAAUCUAUAAGUCUUGGAGCGCACCCUGAGCCAGCCGUAUCGUGGCAGCAUUUGCGCUGGUAGGGGGAAAACGAU